AUGUCGACAUCCACAGCAGCCGCAACACCGCGCGCACCACCGGGCGAGCUGCUCAUCCCGCUGCACGUCGCCUUCGUCGAGGCGCUCGACAAGAAGCGCGACUCGCUCGCCUACCACUUCACCACACACCUGCGCAUGAACGGCGUCUACUGGGGCCUCACUGCGCUCGAGAUCCUGGGCAGACCCGAGGUGCUCGACCGCCAGGCGCUCAUCGACUUUGUCUUUAGCUGUUGGAACGACGACACCGCCGGCUUUGGCUCGUUUCCGGGGCACGAUGCGCACGUUCACAGCACGCUUUCCGCCAUCCAGAUCCUCGCCAUGAAAGAUGCGCUGGGCGAGCUCGACACCAGAGGCGUCCGUGGCAGACUCGUACAGUUUAUAUUGGGGCUUCAGCUGCCAAGUGGCGCGAUUCAGGGCGACAAGUGGGGCGAGAUCGAUACGCGCUUUCUCUACUGCGCGGUAUCGGCGCUUGCGCACCUGGGGGCACUCGACCAGCUUGACCGCGAUCGCACCGUGCGCUACAUCCUCGCAUGCCACAAUCCCGAUGGAGGCUUCGGCACCGACCCCGGCGCAGAAAGCCAUGCCGCACAAGCGUGGGUGAGCGUGGGCGCGCUAUCCAUCCUGGAGGCUCUGGACGAGAUCGACUGCGACCGCGUCGGCGCGUGGCUCGCCGAGAGACAGCUGCCCAAUGGCGGCCUCAACGGGCGACCGCAGAAGCUCGAAGACGUCUGCUACAGCUGGUGGGUGCUGUCCACCCUCAGCGUCAUCGGCAGGCUGCACUGGAUCAACGCAGACAAGCUCAAGCACUUUAUCCUCUCGGCACAGGAUUCGGACGAAGGUGGCAUUGCCGAUCGACCGGACAACGUCACCGACGUCUUCCACACCGUGUUUGGAUGCGCAGGACUUUCGCUGUUGGGAUUCGAGGGGUUGCAACAGGUCGAUCCGACGUACUGUAUGCCUCUGCGUGUCACACGCGCGCUUGGUAUCGAUCGACCGUUUCAAACGCCAUAG